ACCGUGGAGGGCGUCCUGGGUUGGCUGUCCGAGGGAACUCGCGCCCCGGGAGUGUCGCGCAAAGUUUGUAGCCACGUGGGUUAGCACGCGGAAGGAGGAGGGUCCCGUGGGUUUUUUGAACCCCUGCCUGACACCAUCGGAGCCUCUCUCAGCGCAAGAACUGCUGUUGUCAGGACAUUCGCCAUGCCUUCCGCGGAGAUCAUCAGUGGGAAAACCGUUUCCGCCCAAGUAAGGGAGCGACUGAAGAACCAAGUUGCAGAAAUGAAAGUAAAAGUUCCUGGUUUCAGGCCAGGCCUUGCUAUUCUGCAGGUUGGUGACCGGGAUGAUUCAAAUCUCUACAUUAGCAUGAAGCUGAAGGCUGCCGCUGAGAUCGGGAUCAAUGCCAACCACAUCAAGCUGCCAGGCACUGCUACAGAAGCUGAGGUGCUCAAAUGCAUUAACAAUUUGAAUGAAGAUCCUGCCAUCCAUGGGUUUAUAGUGCAAUUGCCUCUGGAUUCAAACAAGCCCAUCAACACAGAAAAAAUAACUAAUGCUGUGGCACCUGAGAAAGAUGUCGAUGGCCUGAGCAGUGUAAAUGCAGGGAAGCUGUCACGUGGGGACCUCAGCAACUGCUUCAUUCCUUGCACACCCAAAGGAUGCAUGGAACUUAUCAGGCAAACAGGUGUUCAAGUAGCAGGCAAAAAAGCAGUAGUGAUUGGACGCAGUAAGAUCGUCGGAGCUCCUAUGCAUGAUCUGCUGCUUUGGAACCAUGCAACUGUGACCACUUGCCAUUCCAAGACUGCAUCGCUGGCUGACGAAGUCAGUAAAGCAGAUAUCCUGGUGGUUGCAGCUGGCAAAGCUGAGAUGGUAAAAGGUGAAUGGAUCAAACCAGGUUCAGUAGUGAUCGACUGUGGGAUCAAUCACAUUCCAGGAACUCUGCAACCAUAUUCACAAAUGUUUAAUCUCCAUCUCACGGGUGACAUCCAUGCUAUUACUGCUGCCAAUAACUUGGUUGCUGCCGCUAUUGAUGCCCGCAUCUUCCAUGAGUCUACACAGUCCGAUCAGGCACUCUAUUCACGGUUGGUUCCUUUAGUUGACGGUGUUAGGAAUUUCUCUGAUGUCCAGAUUCGAAGACUACAGAGAUUACAUAUUAUGAAAACGGACCCAGCAACUUUGACAAACGAUGAAAUAAGCAAAUUUGUGAGAUUGGAUAUCGAUCCAGAUAGCAUAACAUGGCAACGAGUACUGGAUACAAAUGACAGGUUUCUGCGAACCGUUACAAUUGGGCAGUCUCCAUCUGAGAAGGGAUACACACGCACAGCCCAGUUUGACAUUACAGUAGCUAGUGAGAUCAUGGCAGUUUUAGCACUCACAAACAGCCUGGAGGAUAUGAGAGAACGCCUGGGCAAAAUGGUGGUCGCCUCCAGCAAAAAAGGAGUUCCAAUCACCACAGAAGAUCUGGGAGUGAGUGGUGCCUUGGCAGUUUUGAUGAAAGAUGCUAUUAAGCCCAAUCUCAUGCAGACUUUGGAAGGUAAUCCAGUGUUUGUCCAUGCUGGUCCAUUUGCUAACAUUGCUCAUGGGAACUCAUCGGUCCUGGCAGACAAGAUUGCCCUGAAAGUCGUUGGCAAGGAUGGGUUUGUUGUGACUGAAGCUGGCUUCGGAGCUGAUAUUGGCAUGGAAAAAUUCUUUGACAUCAAGUGUCGGUAUUCUAGUUUGCAGCCUCAUGUGGUAGUCUUGGUUGCCACCAUCCGAGCUCUGAAAAUGCAUGGUGGAGGACCCACGGUUAUGGCUGGAGUCCCUUUGCCCAAAGAAUACAUUGUGGAGAAUAUUCCACUUCUGGAAAAAGGUUGCAGUAACCUGCGCAAGCAAAUCGAAAAUGCCAGAAUUUUUGGUGUCCCAGUAGUGGUGGCAGUCAAUGCAUUCAAAUCAGAUACAGAGGCAGAACUACAGCUGGUCAUCCGGUUGGCUAAGGAAGCUGGUGCUUUGGAUGCUGUCAAAUGCACCCACUGGGCUGAUGGGGGUAAAGGAGCUGUGGCAUUAGCAGAAGCCGUGCAAAGGGCAUCACAGGCCCCAAGCCAUUUCCAGUUCUUGUACAACGUGGAGCUGCCAGUUGUAGAGAAGAUCAGAAUUAUUGCACAGAAGAUCUAUGGGGCAAAUGACAUUGAACUGCUGCCAGAAGCUGAGUUGAAAAUCAUUCAAUAUACCAAACAGGGGUUUGGAAACCUGCCCAUCUGCAUGGCUAAAACCCAUUUGUCAUUGUCUCAUGACCCAGAACAGAAAGGAGUGCCCACCGGAUUCAUCUUACCCAUAAGAGAUGUCCGAGCCAGCGUGGGUGCAGGAUUCCUUUAUCCCUUAGUAGGAACAAUGAGCACAAUGCCAGGACUUCCUACCAGGCCUUGUUUCUAUGACAUUGAUCUGGAUCCUGUGACUGGGGAAGUAAACGGACUAUUCUAAGACAUCAACAA